UGACACAGCUCCAACCCAUGCACAUCGAUCCAACUUAAUUUGACAGCAACUCGAUCGAUCACUGCUCCUCUCUUAGUUCUCUUCUUCUGUAGCAAGUACCACCACUGGCAAAGCUACGACUGUGCGAGCUUGCAGCUGAGUACUCAGUCAUGAGCAUGACGAGCCCCAGACUAAAGCUCUUCGGCUUCCACGUCUCCGAGGAGGAGACGACGGAGCACGAGCUCGAACAGGAGCAGUACGAGGCCGAGCCGGAGAACGCGCCGGUCUGCGGCAACGGCGGCGGAGGCGGCGGGUCGGACUCGUCCUCGUCGUCUACAACGACCACCACGGCCACGGCGGGCGGCGACGGGCGGAGGUACGAGUGCCAGUACUGCUGCCGCGAGUUCGCCAACUCGCAGGCGCUCGGCGGCCACCAGAACGCGCACAAGAAGGAGAGGCAGCAGCUCAAGCGGGCGCAGCUGCAGGCGGCGGCCGCGGCGGCCGGCCGGGUCGCCGGCGGCGCCACUGCGCUCUACCCUCGCGCCAACCCGAUGGUGUCCGCCUUCGCUCCGACCCCGCACCUCCUCGGCGGCGGCGAAGCGGGGCCCACGAGCUGGGUCUACUUCUCCCCACGCGCCGCCGCCGUCGCCGGCGGGGCGCAGGGGCAGCAGUUCCACGUUUCCCACGGCUGCGUAUUCCCCUCCCGCGCCGGUCCUGCCGCCGUGACCGCCUCGCCGGCCGUGUUCUCGUACACCCCGGCGGCCUCUGCCGCCGCCGCCGCCGCCGCUGCGGCGCCCUACGUGACGGACGACCAUCACGGACGGAGGAUCCACGCCAGCUCUGCGGCCAGCCUCGCGAGAUAUCCCGGCAUGGCCGGGCCAGCGAUGGUGGUGGCAGAACCGGUGGCCGCCGUGCCGGAGGACACCCUGGGGCUUGACCUCCAGCUCAGCCUUGCACCCGCCGGCUUGUGACUUCUCUCCACCGGCCGCUUGCGUUUGCGUCGUCGUCGACGUCGAUCCACCACGACCGCGCGCGCGAGAGAGCUAUAGCUAGCUACUGUUAAUUACUAUGGUAAAAAAUGGAAUUAAUUACCUACUAGCUUCCUACGUCCGUACUAAGAUCACUCCCUGGCUAGGUAAUUAGCACUAGUACUACUACUUAUUAAGAGUAAAUUAAGUAUUUUUAGCUUCUUGGACUUGGAGAGCUGCAUGUAAGCCGCCUGUAACUCCUGUUCAUGUUCAGCUUAUUGAUAUGCAUGAUUUCAGAGAGAUCAAUGACCAUGAACCCCAUGUAAAUUUCUGCCCAAUUUU